UACCACAGGAUAAAGAUGGCUUCAACUUUGCUGAGAGUAGCUGGAGAAGGAACGUUGCUUAGAUCUCUUGUCCCUUGUGUGAAUGUAAUCCCGGUGCGUUUUAGGGUGCGAAGAAAAAUGCCAAAGAAAAGGAACAACCCUUUUGUUCAAAGACGCACGGAUUUCAUCAAAAAACUUGUGUUAGCUUUGGUCCAGCACGAACGGGUACAAACUACAGAUUGGAAGGCUCAGCAGUUGAAGAAAUACGCAGAACUGCUUGUCAUGUUGUCGCUGAGGCGCCGUCCACCACCAGAUUUGGACUUGAUUGAGGAUGGGUUUGUGCUCACUGAGGAAGAAUCUGAGCAAAGGAGACUUACAAGACGCAUUAUAAAUAGAAGAAGCAAAAAAGUGAUUUUACCUGUACCAGAACUAAGUGAAGAAGAGUAUGUUCAAAGAUGUAAAGAAGAGGCUUCAAAUAUGUUGCUUGGGAAUGAAGAGGCUCUAGAAAAACUCUACACAACACUGAAGGAACGAUAUCAAGAAAGAUAUGGCAAUUUUGUGACAGUUCAAACAAUUCCCAACCCUCCCCACUCUCCGUACCCAAACAUGGCAUAUGUUGAGUUAGUGGGAAACCCCCUACCUCCACUCCCCAGAUUACCCGUGGUCCAGGGGGGGAACUGGGUCAUUUACAACAGAGAUGAUUACGAGGAUGAUAACAAGACUGUGGUGAAGAAUUUCUUUAAGUGGAUGGAACGAAGGAAAGAGAUAAAAGUGCAAAAGCAAGGAAAAGAGCAUAAGCAGGUGUAAAUAUCAUAAAAUAAAUAUUUUGAUGUAUCGUGGCAUGUGAAGGGCUUGAAAGCAUCUUGAAUGAAAAACAUCUGCUGAAUGGAAAUCAAUUGUGCCCCCAGGAGGUGAUGUUGGAACAUCAGCCUUGGUUUUGGUAACAUGGUACCAUGAUAUGAUAAUCAGUCAACACUUCUGUAAUUUUCUUUGAGUCACACUUUCAUGUAGUUCUGUUCAAGUUAGCCAGCUCUAAAAAGCAGGAAUAUGUUUCAGUAUUGGUUGAUAAUAAACAGAUGUCAAAAACA